AUGAGUCAAAAAGCAGAUGGAGGACUCCCCCGUCUCGGACAGAACACACCCAACGCUCCUGGAAAGACUUUAUCAGAAGCGAACGCUGCCUUCAGUGGGAACCAGUGCAGUGUGGUGUGUCUCCCCCUGGUCUCUGACAGCCAGAAGCUCAUAUGGGUUCCCUCGAACCAGAUAAACCUGCAGCUGGAUGGUGAGGCCAAGCUGAACGAGGCCUUCGACCAGUUUCCGUACCUGACACAGAAACGGACCGCCGAACUGGCACAGCACUGCUCUCUGCACCCGGACCAGGUGAAGGUGUGGUUCAUAGCACAGAGGCUCCGCUACGGCAUCAGCUGGGACGCCGAAGACAUCCCCAAUGUCCGUAAGGAGUUAACGUCAGGUCUGGGUAAGGACGAAGUGCAAAACGGAGAGGGGACAGAGCACGGAGGAAAGGUUCCGGAGGAACGGAGUGCAAGAGAUGGACGGAUGGUGGAAGAAAACGGGAGAGCAGCGGAGAGAUUGGACAUGAAGCUGGAGCAACUGGCGGAGAAACCCAAGGACAGAAAAGAAGGAGACAAACGGAAUAACCCAAAGAAGCGCAAGAGAAUGACUGUGACCAACAACAUGGGAAAGAAGAGCGUGAAGCACGAGGGAGAAGGCGUUGGGGAGAGAGCAGAGGGGGAAGAAACAAGAAUCGAAGGAGCUGAUGAGACGACACAUUUUGCCAAAAAGAAGGAGGCAAAGUCAAACCAAACAUUAGCGCCCGUCCAGGGGUGGCCUUCCCGCCACAGCCUCCAGGGGCCCAAUGACCUGCUGGAUGCGAGCCCUCAAACUCCGGCCGUCCACGUGCCUCCCGUCACUUGCGUCCACCGAGGGCCGCUGAAACUGGAAAUGGAAACGCAGACCGACCUCGACAGGGACGGACGCGCGGCCCCCGCCCAUGUCCGCUUCAGGACGAAGUCGCGGGCCCAGCUGAAGAUGAUGCAGGCGGCGUUCUCGCAGUGCCAGUAUCCCAACGUGGAGGACUACAGCCGGCUGUCGGAGGCGAUCGACAUGCCGCGCUACGUGUUGGUCCAGUGGUUCGGCGACAUGCGCUACUACAUCAAGAAAUUCCACCCGCGCUGGCUGAGCGACGAGCAGUACGCCCGGGCGCUGGCCACCAUCAGGGACCAGCAGAACAUGAGGUCGCUGGAGAAGAUAUGA